CUUUAGCCUGGACUCCUCGCUGACGAGAAUGGCUGAGGCUGUCGGGACACGAGUCGCAGUGGUGACCGGGGGCAACAAAGGUCUAGGAUUCGAGGUGGUCAAAUCCCUUUGUCGGCUCUUUAAAGGAGAUGUUUUGUUGACAGCGAGGAACGAGAGUCUGGGUCGAGCAGCGGUAGCUAGCCUGGAACAGACUGGUCUGAAACCAAAGUUCUUCCAACUGGACAUCACUGACCAGACAAGCAUUGCAUCCCUGGCAACACAUCUGUCAAACAAAUAUGGCGGACUGGAUGUCCUGGUCAACAACGCCGGUAUCAUGUUUGGGAGGUCAUCCACGUCCCCCUUUGAAGAACAGGUGAAGACCACGAUGAAGGUCAACUUCUGGGCCAAUCUUAACGUGUGCAAAACAUUCUUCCCGCUCCUCCGCUCCGAUGCAAGGGUAGUGAACGUGUCCAGCAUGCUUGGAAGCACAGCGUUGAAUAAAUGCGCGAAGGACCUCAAAGGAAGAUUUACCUCCCCUCACAUUACACUGGAUGAACUUGAAAGCUUGAUGGAGACAUUUGAAAAUGACGUUUCAUCGGGGACCUAUAGUCAGACGUGGCCAGAGACGGCAUACGGCGUGUCUAAAAUAGGCGUGACGACGAUGUCGCUGAUCCAACAGAGGCUGUUAGAUAGAGAAGGAAAAACUGACGUGGUUGUAAAUGCGUGCUGUCCAGGGUGGUGCAGAACAGACAUGGGUGGUCAGACUGCGACCAAUUCGGCGGAAGAAGGUGCAGACACCAUUGUGUAUCUUGCAACACUUCCGCCGGAAACGAUGUCGCCACGAGGGGAACUGGUUACAAAACGCAAGAUCAAGCCAUGGACCAAAGGAACUGUACUAUGAAGCGUUCAUGGGUUAUAUUUUGUUAUGCAAGUUCUGUGGGGGGCGAUGGGGUAGCCUAGUGGUUAAAGCGUUCGCUCGUCACGCUGAAGUCCCGGGUUCGAUUCCCCAUAUGGGUACAAUGUGUGAAGCCCAUUUCUGGUGUCCCCCGCCGUGAUAUUGCUGGAAUAUUGCUAAAAGCGGCGUAAAACCAUACUCACUCACUCCAAGUUCUGUGCAUAUGUAUACGGCUGUAAUUCAUGAAAUUGUGGUUGACCAAUUAUCGGCAGGGAUAAGUGAGUUUGUGACAUGGUGGAACGUAUGUUAAUGUAAUACUGGGUCUCGAUCCAAUAAGAGUUGGUUGCGUUACGAGCUAUCCUAGCUAUAUAGUUUAUCAUACGCUUACGCAUGACGUAGUGCUACGAGCAUUUGUUUCAUACAACAGCUGAUGUUUUCAAAGUGUUUUAAUUAAUGUGUUUACUGAUCAAAGUAUAUUUUCCCCAAUAACAUAGAUGCUAGUGUGUAGAAGUAUUUUUGGAUGUCAAACAUGAUAUAAUGGCGUGGUUGAUACGGAUCGGCAAUGUUUAGCUCAAUGUUUAUUCAAGAAGGACUGACAUUAGAUAUUUACUGUCUACAUUUGUGAAACCGUUCUCCUUAAAAGUUUAGUAAUAAAAUCUAUCAAUAAUGUAGUUUUGUGUAUAUGUGCUUAAAGACAGGGGCGGUGGGGUAACCUAGUUGCCAAAGCGUUCGCUCGUCACGCCGAAGGUUCGAUUUCCACAUGGAUACAGUGAGUGAAGCCCAUUUCUGGUGUCCCCUGCCGUGAUAUUGCUGGAAUAUUGCUAAAAGCGGCAUAAAACCAAACUCACUCACUCACUCGCUUAAAGACAGCUUCCCGACACUAAGGUCGUGCAUUUACAUGCACGGCCUGCAGCUUGAAUGUGUGUGUCUUUGUUGGGAGCAGGAGACCCCAACACAUGGUUUGUUUAUUUUGAACAACGCAAAAUGACUUUGUAGCUGUCGCAUUCUAAAAACACAUUUGCUGAAAGUUCCAAUAAAUAAGUUGAACACACGUUAGAAAGAUGUUGAGAGUCUAAGCAUCUCUUUUACACAGAAUUCUUCAUUAAGGAAAGAGUUUUAUUUCCUU